UCCUGAUGUGUCCCGGAUACAGAAACUGGAAGCCAUUUGAAAUCCUUGCAAGCCAAAAGUUUCUCUUGGGGGAAACAAAAGAGCGGAGUCACUUGGAGGGAUCAGAGUCCUGAGGCACCAGAAAUGCUCCCGUGAAGGAAAAGGCAUCUGGAGACCCAGAAGAGUCCUUGGAGCCAUUUAGAGUUGCUGUGCAGGAGAGAGAAAGGAUGGAGACACAACCUUUGGGAAAGGAGGGAGCCGAAAAAGGCCCUUCAGCUGCUCAGCCUGGGAAGCUCUGGACAAGGACUGGGCAGAAGAUCCUGGAAGAGGAAACCAUCCUCCCUUCAGAAGUUCUGCCCUGGAAGUUCAUCCAAUACUGGGAGGCUGAGGGUCCCCGAGGACUUUGCAGCCGACUCCAUGGCUUUUGCAGGCGAUGGCUGAGACCAGAAAAACACACCAAAGCCCAGAUGCUGGACCUGGUGGUUCUGGAGCAGCUCCUGGCUCUUCUGCCCCCAGAGAUGGAGAGCUGGGUGCGGGAGUGUGGAGCAGAGACCAGCUCCCAGGCGGUGGCCCUGGCUGAAGGCCUCCUCCUGAGCCAGACGGAGGAGCAGAAGGAGCAGGUCGAGUUGCAGUGCUGCACUGUGGAGAUAAGAGAUCCCGAGGGAAAGAAAAAUCCAUCAAAUCCCCCUCAGGAGCUAUUUUUCAAGAGGAUCCCUUGGGAAGAUCAAAGUCAGGACACUUCAGGAGAGGAACAAAGAAUGAAGUUUUCUGGUUUUUACGAUGGAGCUCAAACAGUAGUUGAACUUCCAAAUCAAGAGAGUCUUGUGUCCUUCGAGGAGGUGGCUGUGUCUUUCUCUGAGGAGGAAUGGUCUCAGCUGGAUCCUGAUCAAAAAGCGCUACAUUCGGAAGUCAUGCUUGAAAACCAUAGGAACGUGGUCUCUCUGGGUAAUAAUGGGCAGGAGAAUCAUGAUUCCUGUGAACUCUUCCAAGUGAUCAAUGCUAAGGAUGGAACGGAGAAGUUUGGAAUUCGAAUUGAAUUCGAAAGCCAUGAGAGAAAUCAGUCAAAUAAUUGGAAUCAGGAUAGCUCCUCUUCCACUGAUGCUCCAGUGCAAGGCUUUCUUGCCCAACAAGAGAAAAUAAGGAUAAAAUAUAUUGGGAAAAGUGUGAAAACUGUAAACGAACACUAUUUAAUCCAAAACAAAGGAGAAGAUGCUAUAAGACACAACAGACAAAAUUACAAUGGGACAUUCAUUCAUUUUCUUGGAAAUAAUUUCGUUACAUCUCAAGAAGUGAUUCACACAAACAAGGAGCCUUAUAAAUGUUUGGAAUCUGGAAAACAUUUUGGAACAAGCAGGCAACUUACUUCCCACGAAAGGAUUCACACUGGGGAGAAACAGUGUUCAGUAGCACCUGUAGCCCAUGCAGCCCAGUCCCUGCAAACAGCAGGAGAGAAAUCAUAUAAAUGCAUGGAGUGUGGGAAAACCUUUACUCAUAGCAAUGGACUUAAAUACCACAAAACGAUCCACUCAGGGGAGAAGCCAUUUAAAUGCAUGGAGUGUGGGAAAACCUUUGCUCAAUGCAGUUAUCUUAUUUCACAUAAGAUGAUCCACACAGGGGAGAAGCCGUAUAAAUGCAUGGAGUGUGGAAAGACCUUUGCUUAUAGAAGUAAACUUAAUUCCCAUAAGAUGAUCCACACGGGGGAGAAGCCAUAUAAAUGCGUGGAGUGUGGAAAGACCUUUGCUCAACGCAGUCAUCUUGCUUGCCAUAAAAAGAUCCACACAGGAGAAAAGCCAUUUAAAUGCAUAGAGUGUGGGAAAACCUUUCCUCAUAGCAAUGGACUUAAAUACCACAAAACGAUCCACACAGGGGAGAAGCCAUUUAAAUGCAUGGAGUGUGGGAAAACCUUUGCUCAAGGCAGUUAUCUUGCUUGUCAUAAAAAGAUCCACACAGGAGAAAAGCCAUUUAAAUGCAUGGAGUGUGGGAAAACCUUUACUCAUAGCAAUGGACUUAAAUACCACAAAACGAUCCACACAGGGGAGAAGCCAUUUAAAUGCAUGGAGUGUGGGAAAACCUUUGCUCAAGGCAGUUCUCUUGCUUGCCAUAAAAAGAUCCACACAGGAGAAAAGUCAUUUAAAUGCAUGGAGUGUGGAAAGACCUUUGCUCAACCCAGUUACCUUGCUUCCCAUAAAAAGAUCCACUCAGAAGAGAAACCAUUUAAAUGCACCGAGUGUGGAAAGAUGUUUACUAAGAACAGUGCUCUUACUUCCCAUAAGAGGAUCCACACAGGGGAGAAACCCUUUAAAUGCAUGGAGUGUGGAAAGAGCUUUAUUCAGAGAGGUAAUCUUAAUUCUCAUAAAAGGAUACACACACAGGAGAAAGUAUAUAGCAAUAGCAAUUCCACUUUAGACUGCUGUACCACGCCACUGUCUGAGCAGUUUACAAAGUUAGCAUAUUGUCCCCAGGAAUCUGGGUCCUGACCUCAAAAGGAUAAAGGCUGACACAACAAUGAGCUGGCUGAAAUGGUAUAGGAUCUCCUGCUUGGACUAGAAGAGUUCAAAGUUCCCUUGCAGCUCGAUUCUGAUUCCCCAAUCCUUUCUUGUGCUUUUUUUCCUAAAUUGGAUGUUUGAAAGCAAACAUGAGCAUCACUGGAGAUAAAGGUUAUUGUUUGGCCUGAAAGUGAUGUGUGGCUGCCAAUAUUUAAGUGGUGGAGAUUCCCUAAUCAUUUCAAGAAGCUCCCUCUGAUGAGUAUAUCCACUAGAGCAGAGUUGCAGUCAGAAAUGCAAUUAGUCCUGAAACUCUUACUAUUGUUUCAGCUUUUCUUACUUUGCUUAAUAUUGUCAAAAUCUGCC